AUGUUGAUGAAGUGCUGCUCCACCUGUCUCUUCAUUGUCAUCCUUAACUUCAUCUUCUGCCUUCCUCUGCUCGUGCGUCAAAGAAGGUAUGUUUAUGUCUCGCUCGAGAAGAACUGGACUUCGGCCCAAAAGUACUGCAGGAAGCAACGUAUUGACCUGGCCACUUUUAGAAAUCAGAAAGACUUUGAUGCACUACAGAGUAUUUGCAGUGAUCAGGAUCUCUGUUGGAUUGGUCUAUAUAGAGACCAAAGUAAUCAAAAUGACUGGGAUUGGUCUGAUGGAGAUCCAAGCAGCUAUAGAAAGUGGAGUACCAUCAACAAUCAGCCUGAUAACUACCAGGGAAAAGAGGAUUGUGGUACUACGGGAGGUUCAUCUUGGCAUGAUGAAUUCUGCGGUGACCAACGUGCAUUUGUGUGUUAUGAUAAUCUAAUCUUGGUGAAAGAGAACAAGACAUGGGAGCAGGCUCUGGAACACUGCAGGAAUCUCGAUUCCAAUUCAAACGACCCAUCCUCAGGUCAAACCUACGAUCUUCCAGACAUGGACUUUGGAGGCGACAACUCAGAUGCCAGAAGAGCGAUCCUGGAUGCCCAGACACCAGAGGUAUGGGUAGGUCUACGUUUCCUGGCAGGAGAGUGGCUGUGGGUGAACGAGAAGCCUCUGCUGCACCCCCCGCCUGCCUGCCCUGCACCCAGGAGGAACUGCGCCGAGGGCCUCGACAAGGCAUCAGUGUUGAGAGAUGUGGAGAAGGAAUGGAUGUGUCAGGGAGGGCGGAGGGGGGAUUCUCUGCUGAACAACGCGCUCUCUCGUCUGAGCUAUGGGUCAUAUGAGAGGGCCAAAGAAGGGCCGAUAGAGACAAGGCUGUUGUCAUGA